AUGGCAAAGUUUCUUUUCUGGAAGACAAAAGUGGAAAAAUUCUUUAUCGCGCGAGAAGAAAAUCCAAAAAGGUUGCUUCCUUCGCUGCGUAUGAUUUUGUUCAUCUUCGGAAUCUUUUACGCCUGGCCUGAUGAGGGCCUGGACACGAAUGCUCUCUGGUGGUAUCGUAUGAAGGGUAUACUGUUCCGGAUCUUGUUUAUUUAUCUGAGCAUUGCAACACAGAUCGCUUACAACUUCACCGUGACUACGCGUCAGGAAUUGUUUGCUGGAAUGUUCAUACUCCUAACCCAGAUUGUGCUGAUGCUAAAGAUGGAAUUCUUCUACAAAAAUAUGUCCCAAAUACAGCAGCUUGUGCGCAGAUUGGAAGGAGAGUUGUACCAGCCACGAAAUGCCGAGGAACGUGUACCAUUGGAACGGGCACGCAGAAAUACAACCAUAUUCUGGACCAGUUACUUUAUCUUCUCCGAUGGGUUAGUUACUAGCUGGCUGGUGAUGUCUUGCAUGUACACCACCAUGCUAGUUCCAUCAUGGCCUGGAGCAGAUGAUACCUCACCGUACUGGAGAUUUUACGCGGUACUCGUCUACCAGUACGUUGCCAUCUUUCUCAAUGCGUCGUUUAAUAUUUCGUGGGACUCGCUGGUAGCUGCACUGCUUGCCCUCACGAACGCUCACCUCGAUCGAGUACAGAUACAGCUCAUGAAGGUAGGACAUCAGAACGCAACGCGAGAGGUUGAUAAUAAAAGCGUCAUGAUGGUGGCGACGGUUGGUCAAUAUAAACAUUCAAGUGAUGGAGUUUACAACGAACUGCUCCAAUGUAUCAUCUUUCACCAGGAAGUAACUGGGUUCCUUCGCGAAGUGCUAAAACUGUUCAGUGGACCAAUGCUCUGCCAGCUUUAUUGUUCCGUGCUGAUACUCUGCAUUACUGAAUUUCGUCUGCUAACGGAUGUCACCACAAAUGAGGAAGCCAUCAAGGCGCUUUGCUACCUCGUAUGUCUCAUUAUACAGGUGGUACAGUAUUGUUAUUUUGGAAACGAAGUUACCUAUAUGUCCCAAAAGGUACACCAAGCGACUGCGUUCGUGAAUUACCCGGAUAUGGACAUCAAAACAAGGAAGUUACUGAUAGCGUUUCAGCUGUUAACCGCUGAAGGCAUAAAGUGUAAUGCCAGAAAGAUAUUUACCAUCGAGCUUAGCAUGCAAACCUUUGUGACGAUCCUCAAGACAUCGUACUCCUACCUGGCCGUUCUGCGAUCGAUGACGGAUUAG